AGAAUAUAAAAAUAAAAAAAUGACAAUUGCAAAUUAUGAAUUUUGAUACAGAAUAAAAUAUAAGAUAGAAACAAAAAAAAAAAAAGUAAGUAAAUAAAAUUUAAAAAUCUAUUACACAACGCAAUAUAAAUAAAUUAUAUUUUUUCAGUAAUAAUAAAUAUAAAUAAUAGAAAAUACAAAAGGAAAAUGAGAAGCCGAAGUAAUUCUGGUGUCCGUUUGGACUAUUAUCAACGUGUUGUUCAUAAAAUAAUAAUGAAUCAUCAAAAUCCAGUGACUGGAUUAUUUCCAGCAAGUAUGGAAAAUAAUCAUGCAUGGAUACGUGAUAAUGUAUAUUGUAUAUUAGCUGUAUGGGGUUUAUCAAUGGCAUAUAAAAAAAUAGCUGAUGCUGAUGAAGACAGAGCUAAAACAUAUGAACUUGAACAAAGUUGUGUUAAAUUAAUGCGUGGUUUAUUAAUGUCAAUGAUGCAACAAAAAUCAAAAGUUGAAAAAUUUAAAAUAACACAAAAUCCACUUGAUGCAUUACAUGCAAAAUAUAAUUCAACAAAUGGACAAACAGUUGUUGGUGAUGAUGAAUGGGGUCAUUUACAAAUUGAUUCAAUAUCAUUGUAUUUAUUAAUACUUGCACAAAUGACAGCAUCAGGACUACAAAUUGUAUUUAAUUUAGAUGAAGUUGCUUUUAUACAAAAUUUAGUAUUUUAUAUUGAAUCAGCAUAUUGUACACCAGAUUAUGGUAUAUGGGAACGUGGUGAUAAAACAAAUCAUGGUUUACCAGAAUUAAAUGCAAGUAGUAUUGGUAUGGCUAAAGCAGCAAUGGAAGCUAUGAAUGAACUUGAUUUAUUUGGUGCAAGAGGUGGUCCAACAUCUGUUAUUCAUGUAUUAGCUGAUGAAGCACAAAAAUGUCAAGCUGUAUUACAAUCAAUGCUACCAAGAGAAUCAAAUUCAAAAGAACUUGAUAGUGGUUUAUUAUCAAUAAUAUCAUUUCCAGCAUUUGCUGUUGAUGAACCAAAUUUAAUACAACAAACAAGAGAUGCUAUAACAAAAAAAUUACAGGGUAAAUAUGGAUGUAAAAGAUUUUUACGUGAUGGUUAUCGUACACCAAAAGAAGAUCCAAAUAGACUGUAUUAUGAACCAUGGGAAUUGAGAAUGUUUGAAAAUAUUGAAUGUGAAUGGCCAUUAUUUUUUUGUUAUCUCAUUUUGGAUUAUUGCUUUCAAGGUAAUACUGAAGGUAUUAAUGAAUAUACAAAAGCACUUGAAGAUAUUAUGAUUAAAAGUGAUGAUGGUAUGAAACUUGUACCAGAGUUAUAUGCUGUUGCACAAAAAAAUGUUGCUGCUGAAUAUGCUGAACCUGGUAGUCAACCACGUGAGGCACUUGGUAGAACACCAUUUAAAUGGGCACAAUCAUUAUAUAUACUUGGUAAACUUUUACAAGAAGGUUUUUUAGCUGUUGGUGAAUUGGAUCCACUUAAUAGACGUUUAUGUAGUGAAAAAAAACCUGAUGUUGUUGUACAAGUUGUUAUUUUAGCUGAAGAUUCUGAUAUUAGAGAUAAAAUAUCACAACAUGAUAUACAUGUACAAACAAUUGCUGAAGUUGCACCAAUUGAAGUACAACCAGCAAAAGUAUUGAGUCAUCUUUAUACAUAUCUUGGUCGAAAUAAAAAAUUGGGACUUUCUGGAAGAAAAUCUAGAGAUGUUGGAAUACUAAGUACAAGCAAAUUGUAUUCACUUCAUGAUAGAAUAUUUGCCUUUACUCCUCAGUUGACGGACAUGACUCGCUUCUACAUCGCAUCGGACUAUGAACUCAUGAUCGAUAUAUUUAAAGGCGAAAUAAAUUUCUUGAAGUCUAGCUGGCAAAAUAUGUUAGGUCGUCCUCUAGUUAUUUUGCCCAUCAAAAAAGGUCAUUUAAAUGAUCAAGGAAAAAUACCACUUGCAAUGGUAACAACAAUGAAAAAAUUAAAAAGUGGAUACAUCAAUGGUACCAGAGUAUCAUUGGGUAAUUUAAAUGAUUUCUUGAGUACAUCUAGUAUAACAAAUUUAAGUUUUCUUGGUAGUUCAGAAGAUGGACGUCCUGAUAAACUAAAUCCCCAGGUACAUCAAUAUCUUGAGGAACACUUGAUGCGAGCAUUUCCACAUCGUACUGGUUUACUUAGUCGUCCAGCAAUUCGUACUAAACCAAAUAUACGAAGAAGAAUGUCUGUCAAGGGUGCUAUUAAAAAAACUCGAUCAAUUGCUGUUGAAUCUGAAAUAUUAGGAAUGGCUGGUGAAGAUAGAAGACCAUCAGUUGUACUUGCAACAAAUCCAUUUAUCGAGGUGACUGAUACAAGUGCAACACUGAGUCCAAAAUCAACAUCACCAGAUUUAUCACGUUCAACAAGAACACCAUCACCAACAGAUGAGCUAUUACCAUGGAGAACAUCACCAAAACCUCAUCAUCGUGUUCGUAAUUCAUCAGAGACACAAUAUGCUGAUACUGAGGUUGAAGAAUUAAUGGCAAUGUUACGUGAAACAGAAAGUUUAGAAGAACAAGGUGAUAUAUUACAGUAUCUUGUUGAUUCACAAGGUUUAAUGUUUAAUACUGGAAUGAUUGAAAAUGGACAUCCUGUAUUAGUUAAAGAUUUAUUAAAAGGUUUAUAUGAAAAAGCAUGUCAACAAAAAAUGUGGGGUAUUGUUAGACAUACUGCUGGUAUGCUUGGUAAACGAGUUGAAGAUUUAGCAAAAGCUGUUACUGAUUUAUUAGUACGUCAAAAACAAGUUACUGUUGGUAUGCCACCAACAAAUGAACAUACUAUUAUUGCACCAUUACCAGAAAAUGAAUUACGUUCAUUAAUACAUAUGGCAUAUGGUGAUGAUGAAAGUACAGCAAUGUUAACACAAGAAUUACUUGUUUAUUUAGCAAUGUUUAUUAGAACAGAACCACAAUUAUUUUUAGAAAUGUUAAGAUUAAGAGUUGGUUUAAUAAUACAAGUUAUGGCAACUGAAUUAUCAAGAACAUUAAUAUGUACUGGUGAAGAAGCAUCAGAACAUUUAUUAAAUUUAUCACCAUUUGAAAUGAAAAAUUUACUUCAUCAUAUAAUGAGUGGUAAAGAAUUUGCAAUAAGUAGUGUUGGACGUGGUAAUUUUUCAAUAAUAAGCUGUAAAUCAAGUAGAGUUAGUAAAAAAUCACAAAUUGGAGGUUUUUUAAAUGUUGAUCAACCAGAUGAAAUUGAACCAGAUAGACAAGGACAAUGGUUACGUAGAAGAAGACUUGAUGGUGCAUUAAAUCGUGUACCAAGAGAUUUUUAUCCACGUGUAUGGCAAGUUUUAGAACGUUGUCAAGGACUUGUUAUUGAAGGUAAAUUAUUACCACAAAAUUUAACACAAGAAAUGACAUCUGGUGAAUUAAAAUUUGCACUUGCUGUUGAAACAGUAUUAAAUACAAUACCACAACCAGAAUAUCGUCAAUUAAUUGUUGAAGCAUUAAUGGUAUUAACACUUGUUACUGAAUAUAAUGUUGUUGCAUCAUUGGGUGGUCUUAUUGCUGUUGAACAUUUAGUACAUAAAGCAAAUGCAAUAUUUCUUGAAGAUCAAAUGAAAAUUGAUGGUGAUGCAACAUUAUGUUGUGCUAAACCAAAACAACAAAGAGAAACAACAUCAAUGGGUACAUUACUUUGUGGUGGUGCUGCUUAUAUUUGUCAACAUUUUUAUGACAGUGCACCAAGUGGUACAUAUGGAACAAUGACAUAUAUCACCAGAUCAAUUGCUUCUUUACUCAAUUUUUUUCCAAAAGACGGUGAUAUUGAGUGCAGUAUUUCGUAAUUUCAUUGUUUUAUUUUGUUUUUUGUUUUUGUGAGUAUAUUAUUUGUUGUUUUUAUUAGAGAAAAUUAUGUAUAAAAUAUUAAUUAAAAGCUAUUCAUAAUUAUAUUAUGUAUUAUUUUACAAUCUUUACCAAAAAAAAAUAUGACUCACUUGUCUUCCUUUCUGUUCUUUGACCACCACUUUGAACGAUACAAUUAAUAAAAAAUAAUAAGACUUCUAACGAUUGAAAGAAAAAA